AUGGAAGAGCAGACGUCCUGGAUGUUCUUUUUGGGGGCUCGUAUCAGCUUGCGAGCCGGGAAAAGCGGGAACGACGCCAGCAGUGUCGGUGCUUUGGAAGCUGAGGCGAGAUCACUCGUUUUUGGCGAUAUUGGCUCUGGAUGCGGGCGUCUCGUGGUCGCGCAAGCUCUUACCUGGCCGUGGAAAUCCUGCCGCGGCGUCGAGAUUGUGCCAUCUCUCCACGACAUGGGACAAGUGGCCCUGCAAGAGGCCGAUCGGGUGGCAAAGGGAGACGAGAACACACUUUCCCCGGAAACCUUGCGACUGUUGAGAUCCAUGGCGCCCUGCUCCCUGUCUCUGGGUGACGUGAACGAUGAUGUGAGUAGAGACAUACCAUGGUAA